CGUUGUGCUAUAUGAUUUAUCUUUUUUUUUUUGGUAUAGUGCUAUAUGAUUAUCUGGUGCAUGCAUAGUAGCUGUGAUCAAGUAAGGUUCUUAUUAGGAGAAAAGGAGCACUGUAGCUUUGUCUAUGUUGAGGACAGACACCAAAGUUGAAUCAAUGCUUGUUGGCAUUAAAUUUGGUUUGGAAAAUUAUUCUCAUUUUUGAUUGAUUGAUUUUAGCAAUACUCUUAUAAAUUGUUUAUAUGUGGUAGUCGAAGGAAUGAUGUGAACUAACCAAUUUCCAAUUUCAAAUCUCAAAUUUCAGAGAGAAAUUCGAUAUACUCUCUCAUAAAUAGGUGCACCCACCACCUUCAAUUGUUCAUUUUUCAUACAAGAAAAAACAAAACCUUCAAUUGUUCAUGAGCCCUAGGGUAUCAUCAGUUGGCGCCGACGAUGUGGUGAUUCUUCCCCGCCGUAGCCCCUAGGGUGUCGUCACUGACUACUAAGAGUCUCCCAUGAACCACAACCCUUGCUUAUACAAAUUACAUAGGGAUGAUGUUAACUAACAGAAGUGGCCAAAGCAACGAACUCGAAUCUAUAAUAUAAUAGUGGAAAACUGUAUGUACGAUGAUUACUUGUGGAAGAAAGAAGCGUGAAUUCUGAAAUCCCGAAUCUAUCAGCUGUAGGUAAGGUAGGUAAUUCCUUUUUCCUGUGCGCAUGACUUCUUCGGUGGCCGAAUUCAUUAGACGAGAAGUGCCCGAUUGGGACGAUGAAGUCCUUGCAACGGCCCGAUUCAAGGCCUUCAGCGGACAGAGGCCCGAUUGGGAACCCAGACUCCUUUUCUGGAAGGAUUUGAUUCUCAAAGUUGCUCGCCAUCUCGGCGUCUUCAUCAUCCAACCAUCCCAGGUCAUGUACAACUGGUUCAAUCGUGGAGGAUUGACACCCUUAUGCCUCGAGCAUGUAUUGCUUGAAAUGCAUAAAUCUGGUGAAAUUAUACACCGCGGGGAUCUUCUAGAUCCAACUAGUGGACGCCUGUCCCAGUUGUUUAAAAGAGUUAUGCGAUUGACAGGUGUAUCAAAAUCAUCACCACUGCAAGUUACUUCAGAAGAUCAGUUCAUUCUUACUUCACUCCUUCAGGAAAGAGCUGCAGAAGUUGCAAGUUUUUUGUCUGAGAGCUACUGGUCUUCCUUCUGUGUUAUUACACUGGGGAAGUUCCAGAGGAUUUGUAAAGGAUCCAAUGAAGCUUCUGUAAUCUUGGGUUACUUGUCAGGAUGUGGAAAAGCUCGGUAUUUCUCGAUUAGUAAGAAGGAUUUCAUUGAGGGUAUCAAAGUUUCUCUUGGGCAAGGGACAGUUCCUAGCAUCUCAAGUCUUGAUUGUGAUGUUUUGCACUUGAUUUGGACUACAGAAAAGCUUCAGCAACAACUUGAUGUGAUCGACCAUCGUUGUGAAAUGUCAAGAAAAUCAGCGUUAGCUUCCCUGAGGACCAGAAACAAAGAUGUUGCACUUAGGCAUGCGAAGGAAUUAAAAUUGUCGUAUGAAAGCAGAGAAAAGUGCACUGCCCUUCUCAACCGGGUGGAGGAAGUACUUAAUAUCAUUGCACAUGCUGAAUCCACUAAGAAGGUUGCUGAAGCUAUCCAAAUUGGAGCUCAUGCAAUUAAGGAAAAUGUGGUCAGUGUGGAAGAUGUCCAACUUUGCCUAGAAGAGCUUGAUAACAGUGUUGCUUCACAAAAGCUUGUGGAAGAAGCUUUUGAAUCAAAUCCACUCCAGAGCACUGGUAUUGAAGAUGGUGAUGUUGAGGAGGAGUUCAAGAAACUAGAGUUGGAACUUGGUGAUGAAAUCUCACAAAACCUGAGAUCAGGACCUUCUGUGUACUUACCAACAGAAGUAGAGGGUGCAAAGGCUGCUGAAUCGUUAAGCAAUGCCUUAUCAGAUCUCAAGCUUACAGGUGGUUCUGAAUGGCAAGUAGAGAGUCAGGAAUCUGCUGAAUCUGUGAGCAUCAAGCUACCAAUUCAACAGCCCGAGCCAGCUUAGCUACAUUUAAAUUCUUGAGUUCACUAUUUGAAUUUUGUAGAUCCCCCCGCCUGCAACACACACACAGAGGUCCUGCUUGCCUUCCUUUUGCGUGUGACACAGAAAAGUUAGUCAUUUUUGUAUUUAAAAUGGUCAAAUUACCCUUAUAAGUGGUUAAUUUACAAAUCUUCCUUUCUUCCCAUUA